GAGCAGAGAGAAAGAGAAAAAAGAGUGUGUGUGUGCAUUGGCAUGCAGCUAUGUAAUCAGAACCAUUAGUUUAUUACUGUAACACAAUGGUCCCUGAAAUAAAUAUACCUACUCUACUCCAAGGUCCAAAGUAACAAGCAAUAACAAUAAGCCUCAACACAAACACUACUCUCCCUUCCUCAUGUUUCUCCCUGAGCCUGUCCUCUCUGAAUAAGUUCUGUUUCAUUUGUUACUAUCAGCCAUCAGCUUUGUGCCCUUUGAUUCCUUUUUACUCUUUUCGUUUUUGCUGUUCUUUCCCUUUCCCUCUGCUCGAUGAUGAAUGGAAGGAACAGGUUCCCCUUCACUCCUUCACAGUGGCAAGAGCUUGAACACCAAGCUCUCAUCUACAAAUACAUGGCUUCAGGCAUCUCCAUCCCCCCUGACCUUCUCUUCACCAUCAAAAGAACAUCCCAUUUGGACUCCCCUCUCUCCUCAAGGCUCUUGCCUCCCCACCCCCAACACUUUGGGUGGAACUAUUUGCCAAUGGGGCUAGGGAGGAAAAUAGACCCCGAGCCAGGGAGGUGUAGAAGAACAGAUGGGAAGAAGUGGAGGUGCUCAAAGGAGGCGUAUCCAGAUUCAAAGUACUGUGAGAGGCACAUGCACAGAGGGAAAAACCGUUCAAGAAAGCCUGUGGAAGUUUUGAAAACAACAACAACAACGACAAACAUAAACACAGAUGCCUUAUCAAUCACCAAAAACAGUCCUCUUCCUGCACUCUCCCCAACCACUCAUGACACUUACCAUCAUCAUCAUCACCACUCCUUCCUCUAUCACCCCUCAAGACCCUCCAACGCUGUUGCUUUGUCAUUCCAAGACAACAGUGCCCCCUUGUUUCUCGACACUGCUUCUUGCUCUCAGAAUAACAACAACAAUGACUGCAGGAGCAGGUAUGUGUAUGGACUGAAAGAGGAGGUGGAUGAGCAUGCUUUCUUCACUGAACCUUCUGGAACUAUGAGAAGCUUCUCUGCUUCCUCAAUGGAAGAUUCUUGGCAACUCACACCACUCACUAUAAGCUCCUCUUCCUCUUCAAAACAGAGGAGUUGCUCUGGCUUAUCCAAUGACAACAACAACGAGUACUCCUACUUGCAACUUCAGAGCCUCAGUGGCAACAACAACAAGCAGCCACAGCAAGAUCAUCAGGGUUGCUACAUAUCAGGCACUGGUGGCAGCGACAUCAAGUGUGAAACGUUCAUGAAACUUGGGAAAGAAGAGCCUCAGAAAACGGUUCAUCGCUUCUUCGAUGAAUGGCCCCCCAAGAGCAGAGGAUCGUGGCUUGAUUUGGACGACAAAUCAUCCACCACCCAGCUUUCAAUUUCCAUUCCCACGGCUUCUCAUGAUUUUGCAACUUUCAGUUCAACAACACAACGAGAUGGUUGAGUUUAGUGGGGUCGUUGUACUUGAAUCAAAGGCCAAUAAUGUACUUACAUGGUGGGGUUCACAUUGUGUUUGUGAGGUCUCUCUUUAAUUGCUCCCCCUUUUUCCAUCUGUUUGUGUUUCCAUGGAGGGAUCCAAUGUGUCUGUCUGUGUGCUAUUUGCUUUGCUUUCAAUGUUGUGUUCUUUCUGCUCUCUCCUACAUUUUCUGUUUUUAUGUUUGAGCUAAGCUAACACUCAAAGUCACGUCCUUCUUUCUUAUUCAUCAUUCUAUUAUGAGUACAAUAUUUUGGAUGCUUUAUAUGGCCCCGGAUUUGGAUUUGCUUCUUUCUCACUUCUCAACUCUUUCACAUGAUUGUGGUCCGAUCAACUUAAUAAUAAUUUUUAAGAUAAACUCUGUUUAAGAACGUGUUUUGUCUGGUGGAUCUUCGAAUUUGAGGGAGAUAUUUUACGGAUAUACACUGUUAUAAUUAUUUCACUACUUGACAUGAGAUUUUCUACUGUUAAACCAAAAUUAGAGAAUAACUAAUGAGGGGAGACAGCCAUAUGAUAAAGGAAAGGUUGGUUUGUACCAACAAAAAUAAAAGGUUUGCCCAAACUUAUUGCUGGCAAAGGGUUCACUCCUACUAGUCAGAAUAUUGCUUCUUGCAAAUUUGUGUAAAGGAAGAGAUAAAUGAUCUGAAAAUCUUUAAGUCGGUAGUUGGCUCUAGCCUAACAUAAUUUUUGCAUGAAGUGGUGUCUUAAUCUAAAAAAUAUUUACCCAAAAAACUGAUUUUCUUACGAUUGUUUUAUUGAAUUUGUUGCUGUUUUGAUGGUUCACCAGCAGAAGUGGGCUUCAAUGAUUAAAGGUCGGGUGCAUGUGCCUCAGUUCUGUGGACAACAUCCAAAUGAAAUAGUAAGAUCAGAGAUGAUGUUCACACAAAGUAUUUCAGAUUUUCUGUUACAUAAAAAACUACAUUUGGGAGAAAUUGUGUCCCCUAAUGCUUAUCAUAAAUUUUCGGUCUACUUUUGUACCAACAAAUAAUCACCUAUAUGUUUUGGUUCCCUCAAAUAAUAAUAUAUGC